AUGCCGGUCGCGGCGCCGCCGUCGCUGCCGUCGCCGCCGCCGCCGCUUUAUUAUUAUUUGCUGAAGAAGACGGAUGCAGCAUUGUUCUCCGACGCCGCGCCGCGCCAGGCGCUCCACAAUACCUCUGAUCGCGAUGCGCGCACCGACCGCUCUGCUUUGUUUCUGCCGAUUGCGGAGAACGACCGCUCACCCUCAGAAAUUAUAGGCAAGGCCAUUCAGCUAAACUGUAGCCUCGAUGACACAAUACAAGACGCACAAACUCCAAACAACGCUCAACUCUGCUCUGACAACGGAAACCACAAACAAAAGCCAGUCAGUGAAGAAGAGCGUGGUACCACAACAAAAUAG